GUGUCCAGUCAUGAUCGAGCUUCUGGUCCGGUAUAACCAUCUGUCACUCGUAAACACGAAAUCCGGAAAUCCUAUUAACGGAAUUAACGGAAAUUCAGCGUCCGGGAAAGUACGAGACCGGUACAAAAAUCGCGGUUACGAAUUCCAUUGUGUUAAAUUUCAAAUCAAAAAUAGAAGGAAGUACGUUAAAUAAAAUCAAUUAUGGCAGACUCGUCGAAAAGUAAAUACAAAAAUGAUUUCAAUUACGCAGUGCAAGUGACUCGCAACGUUUUGCGAAUGAUCGGUGUGUGGCCAAUUCCCAGUAACGCUUCCAACAUGGAAAAAAUCGCGACUCGCUUACAAAAUGUCUCUUGUUAUUUUUUAUUCACGUUUAUUAUCGUGCCGAGUCUUCUAUUAAUAUUCCUAAAGGAACACGACUUUAAACGUAGAGUGAGAUUGCUCGGACCGCUUCUGAAUUGUGGGAUGGGUUGCUUGAAGUAUAGUCUGCUCAUGUAUCAUGCGAGAGAGAUUCAAUCUUGCCUGAAGCAGGCGCUACAUGACUGGAGGGAUACAGUUGAUUGGAAAAAUCGAAAAAUAAUGCUAUCCAAGGCAAAAAUAGGUCGAAGGUUCGCGAUUAUUUCUGCCGUCUUCAUGUACGUUGGUGGAUUAUCUUACCGCACACUCGUACCGCUUUCAAAAGGUCGUAUGCUCACACCAAUGAACACCACAGUAAGAGCGUUGGCAUGUCCGAGCUAUUUCAUCAAGUUCGAUGAACAGGCGUCGCCAGCAUACGAAAUCGUUUUCACUUUGCAAUUCUUUGCUGGACUGAUCACCUACUCGGUAACAGUCGGUGCAGCCGGAUUGGCUGCAUUUUUCGUCAUGCACAUUUGCGGACAACUAAACAUUUUAAUCGUCAAAUUCAAGCAUCUUAAUAAUAUACCAGAGCCUGAGGAUCGACCUGUCGCAAUAUUGUUGGCUGAUAUCGUCGAACAUCAGAUAAAAGUGAAAACUUUCCUAAAACAAGUAGAGGAAACUAUGCGAUAUAUAUUAUUAGUAGAAAUAACGGGCUCUACUAUACUUUUGUGCCUUACUAUGUAUUAUGUUAUUAUGGAAUGGGAAAGAAGCGAUUCUACAGCUAUGUUAACUAUGUUUGUGAUUCUCGCAUCUUUUACUUUUUCUAUUUUUACUAAUUGCUAUGUUGGUCAACUAUUGACAGAUCAGAGCAUUAAGGUUGGAUCAAUGACAUCUACGACGAAUUGGCAUCGUCUUCCUUACAAAAGAGCACGUACUUUAAUUUUGAUAAUGGCAGUUUCUAAAGAAAAUUCCCUACCUACGUUCAGUAACUUAGGACACAGGGACAUUACACUGUGUUUCACACUAUCUUUCGCUCCCUCAACAAUGUAUGGAACUAUCACAGAAAAGACAAAUCCGGUCGCGACUGUCUACGAUUACAAGAAAGAUAUGAAGCUGAGCAUUCAGCUGAUUCGUUGGAUGAUGAAGAUAAUUGGCACGUGGCCAAAAACUACCGUUAUCUCAUCGAUAGAGAGAUAUGCGUAUACGCUAUUAAAUGUUAUUUGUAUUGGUUUGAUUAGCUUCCUCGUCGUACCCGCCGUCAUCUACAUAGUGCUUGAAAUGGAUAAUGGAUACCUUAUCUUGAAACUUUCCGGAGCGUUGAGUUUCUGCGUAUUGGCCAUCGUGAAGUAUUUUUCGCUGAUUUUUCAUGAAGAAGAUAUUCGCAAUGGUAUCAAGUAUAUUGAGAGUGACUGGAUAAAUACUCAGUAUCACAGUGAACGGACCACGAUGAUUAGGAGCGCGAAAUUUGGCCAGUACCUUGUGGCAAUUUGUAUGUUCUUCAUGUACGGCGGUGCCGUUUUCUUCUAUCUUGCCCUACCAUUCAGUGCCAGCAAAAUUACAGAGGAUGAUGGUAAUCUAACAUAUCGGCCACUGGUGUAUCCAGUCGCCAGGGUGAUUAUCGAUGUACGAUACAGUCCUGUCAGGGAGAUCUUUUUUUGGAUGCAGUGUCUAUCAGGCUUUCUCGCUCACUCUAUCACUGCCAGUGGAUGCAGCUUAGCUGCCGUGUUCGCGAUGCACGCUUACGGUCGCAUGGAGAUUCUGAUACAAUGGAUCGAACACUUAAUAGACGGACGGAAAGAUUUAUGUGAUAACAUGAAUGAGAGAUUGGCGAUAAUUAUAGAGCAUCACGUACGAAUUUUACGUUUUAUAUCAUUAACGGACAGAAUACUGCGUGAAAUAUCUGUCGUGGAAAUUGUACAAUGUACAGUAAGCAUGUGUCUUCUUGGAUAUAAUAUUAUCAUGGAAUGGGAGAGCCAAAAGACUACAAGUUACAUAACGUAUACUGUUCUUCUUCUAUCUUUUACUUUUAAUAUUUUUAUAUUUUGUUACAUCGGCGAACUUAUUGCAGAAAAGUACAAAAAGAUCGGUGAGGUAUCAUACACAAUCGACUGGUAUCGUAUGUCUGGAAAAAAAAGCCUCGAUAUUGUAUUAAUGAUCGCUAUGUCUAAUACAUCAAUCAAAUUUACCGCCGGAAAUAUUUUCGAAUUAUCUUUCACUACUUUUGGAAACGUAGUUAAAACGUCGGUCGCUUACUUUAACAUGCUGCGUACAUUAAGUAUAUAA